GUUCUAAAUGGAAAGAAUCCAUCCUGACCCUGAGUAAUCAGAAUAAAAUAGGUUAAUUUUUCUUGCUUACAUAGGGAGCAAAGUCGAAGAUAGAAAGAGGGAUAAUAUAAAGUAAAUUUUUGGCCAAUUUUUUAUAUUUAUAAACUUCUUAUGUUCUACAUUGUUAUAAACAUCAUCUUUUGUAUAUUUGUAGCUAGCAAAAAUAAUGAUUACAGUUAAAUCAUAUAUUUUUGCUCCCUUGAAAUAAUCUUAAAGGUGAUUAUUAUAAUUUGCUUAUUGUACCAAUAUUGUUAGUUUAUUGAAGCUGAGAAUAAAGCAAGAUUCAUAAAUGAUUAAAAUCAACCAGAAAUUGAAGCUAACAUACUUCUAUAUUAAUCAGCAUUCUAAUUUGUAAUCGCAUUUUCAAACUAAUCCAAAUAUUUAUGGAUUAAAAUCAUACUUUUUUAUUGUUCUCUUUCUCUAUUAAUGCUAAAUGUGUAAGUAAAUCAAAGUUAACUACCUAUUUGCAUGUGUCAUAAUUCUAUAGAAGAUCAAUAUAUAGAGUUUAAUUAUUCUGAAUUAAAAUGCCUCUUAGAGAAAGAUUGUAGAAUAGAAGACUUCGAAACCAGCUCAUUUCCAUAUUUAAAGCAGGUAACUUUAAUGGAUUGGCCACUCAUUGUUAUUUUGUUGAUUUUACUGUUUGCUAGAGUUUUAAUCAUGCCCUUUGCAUGUUGUUUUCGGAAACUUAGGAUUAAAGAAUACUAGCAUAGUUAUAAUGUUAUAUGUAUUUCAGCACAUUAUACGUUUUAGAUAAAUAAACAGCUCUCUCUUCUGGGUCAUUUAUCAGUGGAUCCAUCAUAUUUUCCAGUUUAGUAAAAUUAAUAGUUCUCAGUUUAUUAAUGGUACUUACUAAAAAUAGUUCUUGUUAUGUUUUAGUAGCAUCGAAUUUAUUCUAUCAUAUACUGAUAGCCAUGGUGUUCAACUAGAUCAAAUACACCAUCAAUAGCGGUAUUAAGUAACAUUAAUUCUUUAGAAUAAGCACUUGAAGAUUUGUGCUAUAAAAAUUAUCAAAUUCUUAUAGAUUCCAUCUUAUGGAUGAAUAAUUUUAAAAAUACAUUUUUUCAAGGUGGAUUAAUCUUAUGUCUAAUAUUCACUUCAGUAGGCUAGUCAUAUUAUGAAAGAUCUGAUAAAAGUACAAAUAUAAUGAAUUAUGAUAUUUUCAUUGAAUUCGAUUGUGGAAUAUUUCAAUUCAUAAUGUUGACCAUCUUGAUUUAUAAGUAUAUCAUUUAUCAGAAUUGCAACAAAGGUAGGAUCUUAGUAUUCAACAAAUAUUAUCAUGGAAGCAAUCAAGAACUAUCAACCAACUAAUCAUCAUUUCAAAAUUAAUCAAUGAUAGCUAAUAGCAGAAUACCAACUUAACCUAAUAACGCAACCAUAAAUCAUCAAUAAACUAACAGACUGAAAGAAUUAAAAUUUUUAUCUGAAGAAUAAUCAAUCUAUAAGGUUGUAAAACAUAUAACAACUGAGGCAGACUGUCUAAUAUGUUUAGAAUAGUUGACAGUAGAAUAAGCUAAUGUUGUAUCAUUAAAAUGUCACCAUCUUCAUAUGUUUCACUUUGAAUGUAUUAAAUAAUGGUUUCAACAUCAAACAGCAUGUCCAACUUGUAAGCAUGAGUAUUGUUUAAAUUGA